UUCGCGGCACACGUUAUGCCCCCGGCUCAACCACGCCUCGCGUCGCACGGUAAAGUUCGACGGCCAUAUUGACUGUCUACACCUCCUCUCUUGCCCGGCGGUGACACUGGCUCAGUCGCUUCAUACAUCACACUCCAUACCAAGGCUGAGAAACAGCGGAGUGUCUAACGGUAAAAAAAUCGAUCUAUUUUGGUCGCGUUGGAUAUAUAAAGUAGACUACCCUGUGGGCCCAGGAGAGGCAGUUUACCUUUUUCUGAACGCAGUCCAUCUACUGAGGCAGUGGAGCCCAGGGCGAGUCAACGAGACGGAGGACGAUUUCUUUGCAUUUUCUCAGCAGAAGGGCAAGGCUGGAGAGAGGACAAAGAUGCCCAAACCGAUAAAUGUGCGGGUCACCACCAUGGAUGCAGAGCUGGAGUUUGCCAUCCAGCCCAACACCACCGGCAAACAGCUCUUUGACCAGGUGGUGAAGACAGUGGGCCUCCGGGAGGUGUGGUUCUUUGGCCUGCAGUACACAGACAGUAAAGGCUACAGCACGUGGCUCAAACUCAACAAGAAGGUGACGCAGCAGGAUGUGAAGAAGGAGAACCCUUUGCAGUUUAAGUUCAGAGCCAAGUUCUUCCCGGAGGACGUGUCUGAGGAACUCAUCCAGGAGAUCACACAGAGACUCUUCUUCCUGCAGGUAAAGGAGGCCAUCCUGAAUGAUGAGAACUACUGUCCUCCAGAGACAGCCGUGCUGCUGGCCUCCUACUCUGUCCAGGCCAAGUACGCAGACUACAACAGAGACCUCCACAGGCCUGGCUACCUUACCUCCGACCGCCUGCUGCCACAGAGAGUCUUGGAGCAGCACAAGUUGACUAAGGAGCAGUGGGAGGACAGAAUACAGACCUGGCAUGAGGAACACAGAGGCAUGCUCAGAGAGUACUCAGUGAUGGAGUAUCUGAAGAUAGCCCAGGACCUGGAGAUGUAUGGCGUCAACUACUUUGAGAUCAAGAACAAGAAGGGAACAGAGUUGUGGCUGGGUGUGGAUGCACUGGGACUCAAUAUCUACGAACACGAGGACAAGUUGACACCAAAGAUUGGCUUCCCCUGGAGCGAGAUCAGGAACAUCUCCUUCAGCGACAAGAAGUUUGUCAUCAAACCCAUCGACAAGAAAGCUCCAGAUUUUGUGUUCUAUGCCCCGCGGUUGCGGAUCAACAAGCGUAUCCUGGCACUGUGCAUGGGGAACCACGAACUGUACAUGAGGAGGAGAAAGCCUGACACCAUUGAGGUUCAGCAAAUGAAGGCCCAGGCCAGGGAGGAGAAACACCACAAACAGAUGGAAAGAGCCCAGCUAGAAAACGAGAAGAGAAAACGAGAGCAUGCGGAGAAGGAGAGGGCGAAGAUAGAGAAGGAGAAGGACGAGCUUGUCGAGAGGCUCAGACAGAUUGAGCAACAGACGCUAAAGGCCCAGAAAGAGCUGGAGGAGCAGACACGCAGGGCCCUGGAGUUGGACCAGGAGAGGAAGAGGGCGAAGGAGGAGGCGGAAAGGUUGGAGGGAGAGAGACAGGCAGCAGAGGAGGCCAAGGCAGCGCUGGCUAAACAGUCCGCUGACCAGAUGAAGAACCAGGAACAACUGGCCGCUGAGCUAGGAGAAUUCACUGCCAAAAUCGCUCUGCUUGAAGAGGCCAAGAGGAAGAAGGAAGAGGAGGCAACUGAAUGGCAACACAAAGCCAUCUCAGCCCAGGAAGACCUGGAAAAGACUAAAGAGGAGCUGAAGUCUGUGAUGUCAUCACCCCCGGCGCCGGAGCACGAUGAGCAAGAUGAGACUAACGCAGAGGGCAGUACCGAGCUGCACAGUGACUGGGUCACCAGCCACCGCAGCGAGGAGGAACGUGUCACAGAGGCCCAGAAGAAGGAACGCGUCAAGGAACAGCUGCAGGCUCUGAGUUCAGAGUUGGCUCAGGCGAGGGACGACACCAAGAAGACCCAGAAUGACAUGCUACAUGCGGAGAAUGUGAAGGCUGGGAGGGACAAGUACAAAACCCUGCGCCAGAUCCGACAGGGCAACACCAAGCAGCGCAUUGACGAGUUCGAGUCCAUGUAAGAGUCAGCGCCCUCCCAACCCUGCGUUGCCAUGACAACAGCUCACUUUCUUGGAUAGCCGACCCUGCUCGUUCCCACCCCGUUCCCCCAAAUCCGUACUUUCAAAAAGGCCAGAGGUGUGUGGAUUCAAUGUCCCACCCACUACUCCUUGCCAAAGCUCUGCCCACUAGCGGUUGGCCAAUCAAACCGCUCCAUGCUUAGAGCUCCACCCAACCACAUCUGGAAUCAUCCAAUCUGGAAUGACAAGCAACAUAUCCUGCCGAAAUGAACUUCUCCUUGAGCAAAGGAUAAUUUAACCCUUGCAUGUCUGAUGUAAGAAUUGAUUUUUUUUUUAAUAAUGUAGAGAGAAAUUAGUGAAUAUCUUGCUUUUAUUGAGAGAAUUGCCAUCUGUAGCUUUUUGAUGUUGACAAGCAUGUAUGUAAAGCUUUAAAUAUCGUACCUUACUUUUUUUUGUUUGUGAUCAAGUAUUUAAAUGGUUUUCUUAAACUGC